CCUUCUACGUCAUCUGCCACCUGCGGUCAGAUUGAAAGCCAGCCUUGCAUCGGCAUUCCGCAACCACAACGUCGCCAAUUAAGUUGUGUUGAUAUACAGCAGCAAAGCAAUGCAAUCAAUCGUUUUGCUUCCUGGAAUUCCAGCAUGUCCCCAUACCGGUACGAAUUGGUUCUUUUACCAAAUUCUGUCACAAAAUGCUGUGGCUGUUAUCAAGAGUUCACGCAAGGAUAUCGAAUGCCACCUAAUAACCUGGUUGUUAGGCAUAUGAACAGAAUGAUAACUGGACGUGACCAAAGCGGACAAUUGUUAUUUAAUCCAGACUUUAAAGCCACGUAUUAUCAUCCUGUUAAAGAGCAUAUUAUGCUAAAGAAUCCUGUAUUUGAUGGUCGUGUCGUCGUCGUUCCCGUUCUGUCUCAGAUGCUUUCACCAGACCAUCUUCAUGUUGUUAACAAUGUACUAAAUCUUGAUUUUAAUUAUCUUUAG